AUGUCUAAGCGUAUUUUGUCUCCUUCCACCUCCUCCCGUCAAACUCGAGCUUCUACCUUGGCAAUCCUACCUGACAACGACCCCGAACUUCUCAUGCGUCAAACGAAAAGAAUGAGAAUUACUUCCCAAGCCGCUUCCUCUCAACCCCCAUUGGUUGAUGCGUCUCGACGGGCCCUCGAUACCAUUAAGGAGAAGUAUCAUUCCGGUCCCUCUCGUGAACCACAAUCGUCCCUUGAUGACCAGGCCCUUGAGCAAUUUAUCGACUUCGAUGGGGCUGCUGGGCUAUCUGCCACUGGUGAGAACCUAUCUCCCGCCAAGUCCGUCGAAUCCGAACACCCCACCGUCGUCGAAAAUGAAAAUUCUCCUGGUAAUAAGUCCCCUCCGCCACCUUCUAACUAUUCAGAGGAACUUGUCGAGGUUCCCAAUGAACCCGAAAACAUUUUUCACACCCCUCGUAAGGUUCCGGUCAAUAAUGAACUGGUUCAGUUGCUUCAGGAUCGAAAGGACUCCGAGAUCGGUGAGAAUUCCACCGAGUUCUGUUCGCUUCUGACUUGUUAG